UAAUACUCUAAAUACAGAAGAAGAUCUGAUUUCAACAGAUUAUACAAAAUCAAAAACAUAACCAAUUUCAAGUACUAUAGUUUCAAAUAAUAAACCUAAAAAAAAUAUAUUUGAUUACAAAUUCAUAGAAGCUCCUGGAAAAAAAUUAUUAUUAGGCUAAGGAACAUUCGGUUAAGUAAGAUUAGCUAUAGAUAAAUAAAAUAAUUAGAAAUAUGCAAUAAAAAUAAUACAAAAACAAAUAUUAUUCUAAUAUUGUAGUAUUUAAAAUUUAAAAAGAGAAAUAAAAAUAUAAAAAAAAAUGGAUCACCCAAAUAUUUGUAAACUUUUUUAUUAUUUCGAAGAUAAAUAAAAUGUAUACUUAGUUUUAGAAUAUUGCGAAUAAGGCAAUUUAUACUCCGUUCUAAAAAAGUUAAAUAAGCUUAAUUAAAAUAUUGCUUUUAGAUUCUUUUAUUAGACCUGUCUUGGUGUAUAUCAUUUACAUAAAAAUGGUAUUAUCCAUAGAGAUUUGAAACCCGAAAACUUAUUAAUUGAUUAAAAUGGUGAUAUUAAGCUUUGUGAUUUUGGUUGGAGUGCUGAAUAAAAUAACAGUGUAAGAAAUACUUUCUGUGGAACAAUAGAUUAUAUGGCCCCUGAAAUGAUAGAAAAUAUACCUUAUGACCACAAAAUAGAUAUAUGGUCUUUAGGAAUUUUAUUAUAUGAAUUAUUACAUGGAUAUACGCCCUUUAGAGGUAAUAAUAAUAGUGUGAAAUUAAAUUCUAUUGUAAAUUCUUAAGAAAUUAAAUUCGAGAAUUUCAUAGGAAAUGAUUUAUAAGAACUUAUUUGCGGUAUUUUGAAAAAAAAUGCCUUUUAAAGAUUUUCUUUAGAUUAGAUUUUAUAACACAGAUGGAUGUAAAAAUUUUAUUAAAUAAAUGAAAUUAAUAUUGAUUUUAUUCUAAAUAAAUAAAAUUUAAAUGUUAUUUUUUAUUAAUAAAAUCCAAAUAAUAAAAUAUUUGAUAAAUAACAAUAACAAUAAUAAAUAAUUAAAAAAUAACGAUUAAAAAGUAAUAUUAGAAGUAAUUAUAUUGAUGAAAUUCCAAAUAAUUAAAAAUAUGUUAAUAAAAGAUGCUAUACAAAUAGUUCUUAAAAUAAAACUAUUAAUGAUAUUGAUUAAGAAUAAGAAUAAAUUUAUAGAAACUCAUAAAUAAGUAGAGAUUUAUUAUAUAUAAGAAAUAAAAAUAAACAAAAUAAUAAUUAAGUCUCUUUUUUAGGAAAAAUACUAAAGAUUUUCGGUUGUGUAAAUAAUGAAAGAAAAUGA